AUGGAUGUUCAUAAUGCCUUCUUACAUGGGGAUCUCAAUGAGGAAAUUUAUAUGGACAUCCCACCAGGUUAUAACAUUCACAAAGAGCAGAUUGAAGGGGAGAAAUUAGUAUGCAAACUAAAUAAGUCCCUCUAUGGACUCAAACAAACAUCAAGGCAAUGGUUCUCAAAGUUUUCCAACUCACUUACUUCUAUUGGAUUUCAACAAUCUAAGUCUGACUAUUCUUUAUUCACUAAAGUUAGUCAAAAAGGGUUCACAACACUCCUAGUGUAUGUGGAUGAUAUCAUAGUGGGAGGUGAUUCUCAAGAUGAAAUUGAUUCACUCCAAACUUACCUUCACAGCAAGUUCAAACUCAAAGACCUUGGACCCCUCAAAUAUUUCCUAGGCCUAGAGGUUGCAAAGUCAUCUUCUGGAAUCAAUUUCUGUCAAAGGAAGUACACUCUCGAAACAUUGGAAGAUGCAGGUUUACUUGGCACUAAAACUGUCUCUACACCUAUUGAAUUGAACCAUAGGUUGAGCCACACCACAAAUGAGAUUCUGCAAGACCCCACAGCCUACAGAAGGCUCAUUGGAAGGCUCAUUUAUUUAACAAUUACCAGGCCAGACAUUACUUAUGUUGUGAAUGUUCUAAGCCAAUUUAUGGACAAGCCUUCACAAACUCAUAUGCACUCAGCCUAUAGAGUUCUAAGAUAUCUCAAAGGGUCCAUAGGUCAGGGCAUCUUCUUGUUAUCAAGAUCACCUCUACACUUGAAAGCAUAUAGUGACUCUGAUUGGGCUGCUUGCCCCGAAAUUAGGAGAUCUGUCACAAGCUUCUGUGUGUUCAUUGAAGACUCAUUGGUAAGUUGGAAAUCAAAGAAACAAGUGACUGUCUCCAGGUCUUCAGCUGAGGCAGAAUAUAGGGCAUUGGCUACAACAAGUUGUGAAAUCGUAUGGCUUCCUAGUCUCUUAAAAGAAUUUAACAUCAAUCAUGAACAAUCUGCUCUCUUGUUCUGUGAUAACCAAGCAGCCAUUCACAUCACAAGGAAUCCUAUAUUCCAUAGAAGGACUAAACACAUAGAGCUGGACUGCCAUUUUGUUCGAGAAAAAGUCCUAGCUGGAGUAAUCACUCCUGUCCAUAUUGCCUCAAAGUUCCAAUUGGCAGACAUUUUCACUAAGGCUUUAUCAUCUUCUGUUUUUCAAUUUUUAUUGUCCAAGAUGGGAAUCCUAAACAUCUAUGUCCAUCUUGAGGGGAGUCUCACGAAGUAA